UGAUGAUGAUGUUGAUGAUGCAUGGGGGUGCAGUCACUGGUGUAGAUGGUGUAUGGGAGAGGACUCAGCACACACCCCUGUGGGGAAGUGAUGAAGCUGAAGGCGUCUCGCUGCUGCUCAGACUGAUGUUCAGUCGUCAUCCAGACACGAUGAAGACUCCGUGUGUCUCUCUGCUCCUCGGUGUGUGUGUGCUGCUGCUGUCUGCACCGACUGUUUCUGCAGUGUCUUUGUCUGUCGGUCCAAACCUUCAGCAGUUCUUCAGAGGAUCUUUAGUGGAUCUGAGUUGUGUUGAUGAUGGACAGACAGCUGAUGGAUGGACAGUGAAGAGGACCAGAGGAGGACUCACUGAGGACUGUGGAGCAGCUCCAGGCUUUGGGGGGCUUCUUGGUUCCUACUGUGUUGUGGAUCUUUCUGCUCUCAGUGAAACCUUCUGGUGUGAGGACUCCUCUGGACAGCAGAGUGACAGAGUCUCCUUCAGUGUCCAAUCAGACACUACAGGUGUCAUCCUGGAGAUCCCUGCACUUCCUGUGAGGACAGGAAGUGAUGUCAUUCUGCGCUGCAGACAGAGGAAUGGUGCCACAGUCAAAGCUUAUUUCUUCAUCAAAGGAAGUUCUGUUGGUCCUAAACCAGAGCACAUCAUCACUAACAUCACGCAGGCUGAUGAAGGUCUCUACUCAUGUUCUACUGAUGAGAGUGGAAAGUCUCCUCAGAGCUCUCUGAGGGUCAGAGAUCCUCCCAAAAUCAUCCAUCCUCCUCCUCCUCACUGUCCUCCUCCUCCAAGCACCUCCACAAACUUUGCUCCUCCUGUAGAAACUGCUCUUACGUGUCCUCCCUGUCCUCCUCCUCCUCCUCAUCCUUCCUCUCUCGUGGUCCCAGUUGUAGCAGGUCUGGUCUCUGGGCUUCUCCUGGUUCUGGUUCUGGGUGGAGUUCUGUUCCUCUGCAGUAAACUCAAAGGAGGUGGGGGAGCAGACCUGUGGAGCUGUGGAGGUGACGGCUGUCUGAGACGGAGCGUCUGCCUCUGCUUUUCAGGCCUGUUUCUGCUGACUGCUGCAGGUGUGUGUGUGCUGCUGCUGUCUGCUCUGGCUGUUCCUGCAGCUCCUCCUCCCUCUGAGCUCAGACUCUUCUGCCAUCUAGUGGUCUUCUGUCCGUACUGCAUCUCCACCGGUCUGCUGCUCUCCAUCUGCUGGAGCAGGAAGAACAAACCAGCCGUCUCCAUGGAGAUGACCCAGCGUGAUGGAGGAGAUCAGGGAUUGGACAGAGAGUAUGAUGAUGUCACCACUGAGCAUGCCUUCGGAGCUGCGGAGCCUGUUAGUGUUUAAGCUGCAGAUGAUGAUUUUCACUGCUGGUAAAGACUUCACUGGUCUUUAACUUCUUCUUCAAACUCUUCCACUGGACUGCUCCACAUCAGCUCACAGUUGUUCAUAUUUGUUGUAAACUGACUUCUCCUCCCACUGUCCCACAGCCAGGAGUGUUUAUGAUGGAGCAGCUGCUGCAGCCACAUUUAUGGAGGGUCGGGAGUGCCAACAUGAAUUAAAGAAAUACACCAAUAAUUUCUUUAUUUAAAUGUUUCAUUAAUUUCAUUAUUUAUUUCCAAUUUUCAUUAAUUAAUGACAAAUUUGAAUAAUUACAGAUUUAAAUAUUUAACCCUCUGGGUUUGUUCAAAAUCACGACCCUUUCAGCUUGUUCGUGGCCAAAAGUGGCCUUACCUUACCCCCGAUACCAUGAACACCUCCAUUCACCCAUUUCACCUUUGCUGUGAUAUCAGGUUGCAGUUUAACACAGUGAAAGGAUGAAACUUGACAUUUUCUGUCACAGUAUCUUGUUUCUUUCUAGAUUACACGUCACAAUUCAACACUUAGAU